CUAUUUCAGAAUAAGGAUUGUAGUUGCUCCGCUCGUUCGGAUAGGAACCUCGAAACAUAACGGUCUGACAAUAUCAACAGCGAUGUUAAAGAAAGAAAAAACUAUGAAGCAUCUGUAAAACUGUGUGAGAACAAAAAGACCGAAACGUGUGCAUUACUUCAUUUCACCGAACCAGGCAAUCAGACAGACACCCCGUUUCCCACAAUGCUUAGUUGCUCCUGCAGGAGUGUCUGUGACUCAAUACUGAGCCUCUGUCUGGAUUUGUCAGUUUUUAUUUAUGUAUGAAUUUAUUUAUUAACUGCUGCCUAGAGAAUCGAGUGAAAAAAUAUAAAAAGACGAAGCUGUAGUUUUAAUUUCUGCAAUGCCUCUCUUUACAUCUAAUCCAUUUGACCAAGAUGUGGAGAAAGCAACCAGUGAGAUGAACACUGCUGAGGACUGGGGCCUCAUACUGGAUAUCUGUGAUAAAGUAGGACAGUCACGUACAGGGCCAAAGGAAUGCCUUCGGUCUAUAAUGAGAAGAGUAAACCACAAGGAUCCUCAUGUUGCUAUGCAAGCGCUCACUCUUCUUGGAGCAUGUGUAUCAAACUGUGGCAAAAUAUUCCAUCUCGAGGUUUGCUCAAGAGAUUUUGCCAGUGAAGUCAGCAAUGUCUUAAAUAAGGGUUCAUUGAAUGAGGGUCACCCAAAGGUGUGUGAGAAACUGAAGGCCCUGAUGGUGGAAUGGGCUGAGGAGUUCAGAAAUGACCCCCAGCUCAGUCUCAUAUCUGCCAUGAUUAAAAAUCUCAAAGAGCAGGGAGUGUCCUUUCCUGCUGCAGGCUCUCAGGCAGCAGAACAAGCUAAAGCAAGCCCCGCUCUGGUAGCUAAAGACCCCUCUACUACUGCAAAUAAAAAGGAAGAAGAGGACUUGGCUAAAGCUAUAGAGCUGUCAUUAAAAGAGCAAAGGCAGCCCCAGUCAUCCCUCUCCAGUCUGUACCCCAGUGCUUCCAGCCUGGUAACAAAUCAUAAAUCAGAGGGCAGAAAAGUGCGAGCCAUCUACGAUUUUGAAGCUGCUGAAGAUAACGAACUGACUUUUAAGUCAGGGGAAAUUAUUACAGUCCUCGAUGACAGUGACCCCAACUGGUGGAAAGGAGAAACAUAUCAAGGAGUUGGCUUGUUUCCUUCAAACUUUGUGACUGCUGACCUGACUGCAGAGCCAGAAAUGAUAAAAACGGAGAAGAAAACGGUACAAUUCAGUGAUGAAGUUCAAGUGGAAACUAUUGAACCUGAGCCAGAGCCAGUUUAUAUUGAUGAGGAAAAAAUGGAUCAGUUGCUACAGAUGAUACAAAGUGCAGAUCCUACAGACAAUCAGCCUGAUCUCACAGAAUUGCUUCAGCUGGAAGUGGCUUGCAAUCAAAUGGGACCUCUCAUUGAUCAAAAACUAGAAGAUAUUGACAGGAAGCACUCUGAGCUGUCAGAGCUGAAUGUAAAGGUGAUGGAGGCCCUUUCACUGUAUGCCAAGCUGAUGAACGAAGACCCCGUGUACGCCAUGUACGCCAAACUGCAGAGCCAGCAGUACUAUAUGCAGCAGCCUGCUUCGGGAACACAGCCGGGUUACCCAGGUCAGACACAGAGCAGCACAUAUGCAGUGAGUGGGACUGCUGCCAUGGCAACAGUCCAGGGAUACAGUGUGCCACAAGAACAGCUGGCUUCAGUGAACCAAGGAGGACUCCCCCACAGCCCAAAUCCUGCCAUGACCUCACAGCCUGCUCCAAGCACGAUAGUGAACUCGACUCCGGGCACUGCAUACAUGAGCCAGCCGGCAGUCUACAGUCCCCCACCUAAUGCUGUGGCUGUUUCCAAUGCUGAAAUGACUUCCUACCAGAAUGCCAGUGUGUCCCAGAUGUCAAACUACACCCUUGCCUCUCAGAGUCUUCCCCAGCCGACAGACACCCAGCAGCAGUUGCAGUACUCCCAGAAAGCACUGCUAUAGGACUUUGGACAUUAAUCUAGCAUUUAUCAUCUGGAUCAUCUCCCUUUCGUAGAAGAAUCUGAUUGCAGGAACUGAUCACAAUGUGCAAUGACUGGUUAAGAGGGGUUCUAUUUUUUACAGAACACUAAAAUGAAGGACAGUAGCUUAGGUUAUUUUCUUCUAUGUAACAGGGUUUUUAGUAUUCACUAAAAACUCAACACCAAGUAUAGUGCGGCUAAUAUGAUAAAUUCAGAAUAGCUAAGACAUGUAUGUUGUACAUAUAACGGAAUGGGGGCGUUUUUAUUUGUCAUUUUGGCUAGCCUUUUUUGAUCACAUCGGCAACUCUUACUCAGUGUUACAUUGAUUAAUGGUAUAGUAAAUUUGUCAAAGAAAUUGAUGUUUUUGUAGUGUAUUUUAAUUUAUAUUUGAUUUUUUAAGGCAGCAGUAUAAGGAAUGUAUUUAGAAAAUAUUGUCAACUUGAUAUUCUGCAUUCUUCGGUUAUUUUAAACUACUGUUUGAAAAAUCCCUUUGUGAUUGUUUAUCACAUGAACUCCAUCAUGGAUGGAAAUGAAUGCUUUAAUGAGGAAAAUAAAUGAAACAAACCUUGACCAAAUCCCACUUUGUAAUAUUUAUACAGUAAUUAACACUAAUCGGGACAUGUGUCAUAAGUUUGAAGCUGAGAAACAAGAUGUUUUAGUUUAAUUAUUAAAUAAUAAAAUGGGCAUCUCUGCUUUGUUUUUAGGUUCAGGGUUCUCCAGUAACUGUAUUUGAAUAUUCAAAUUUCAGGAAAACAUUUUAUGCAAUAUGAUAUACAUUGAGAAGCCUUUGGACUGUAUCUCAUGAAGUUGGGCUCUAAGGAGCUCAUUCUAAUCUUAGUUAUCUCAGGUGCACUAUGAGUUGCCACAUAUCUCAAAAUUUCAAGCACAAAACGUAGAGUUCAUUUCAAACCCCAAUUUUUUUUUAGUAACUGGGUCUCAGCUCUUCUUCUCUGUGAAGGUGUUUUCUCUACAAUUAAAAUUUACCCCCUUCCAGAUUCCAAAAAGAAGCUGUCGCACUGAGUUUUCUUGGAAUUUUAGAUAAGAGCUUAAGCAGCCCUGAUCUAAUGAAAUUUGUGGACGAUAUCAAAACUUUGUAUGAUGUCCAUGACCAAGUAUUUUUUCUUCUAGUAGCAGGAUCACCAAGCUUAUAUGACAUAAGUGCAGAUACUUAAUAUCACUAGUACCCUGAAUGGUGUCACAGUAUCUCUGAUGUAAAGAACAUUUUAUUUGUACUUAUUUUAAUAAAGGAUCGAUCACUCAGCAUAA